AUGGCCUCGGAUGAUGGAAAUGAUACUUGCUCACAAGAAUCUGAAGUUUGUGGUGAUGGCCUUAUUAUUCCCCGCUGGGAGCCUGUUGGUAACCUCAGUGUUGGUGACAAGUUAGCCAGGGCGACAGUCUAUUUUGUCCUCAUGUUUUACCUCUUCGUAGGAGUUUCCAUCAUUGCAGAUCGAUUCAUGGCAGCUAUCGAGGUAAUCACGUCCAAAGAAAAGGACGUAGUCGUUAAAAAACCCGACGGCACUACCACAAUAGUAAACGUUAGGAUUUGGAACGAAACUGUGUCGAACUUGACCCUUAUGGCCCUUGGAUCUUCAGCUCCUGAGAUCCUGCUCUCUGUUAUUGAAGUGGUGGGCCAAAAAUUCGAAGCUGGAGAUUUGGGUCCCAGUACCAUUGUAGGCAGCGCUGCUUUCAACCUGUUCAUCAUUACAGCUCUUUGCGUGUUUGUGAUCCCCAAUGGUGAAGUCCGCACCAUCAAACAUCUUGGAGUGUUCUUUAUCACAGCUACAUGGAGUGUGUUUGCCUACCUCUGGCUUUAUUUUAUACUCGCUGUGGCCUCUUACGGUGUGGUCGAGGUCUGGGAAGCAGUUCUCACUUUUAUGUUUUUUCCAGCCACUGUAGUCACUGCUUACAUCGCUGACCGAAAACUAAUAAAUAAAUACCUGUCCAAAAAGUACCGUGCCAGCAAACAAAAAGGUGUCAUUGUCCAGAGUGAGGGUCAAGAUGCCGAAGCUGGUGAAGGCAAGGCCAAUCAUGUUGGUGAGGAUGGCGCCCUCAAAGAACUGGGGGAUGAUAUUGAAGUCCGUGAGUUUGAAGAGCAUCGUAAAGAAUACAUUGAAAUUCUCCGUGAAAUGAGGAAAAAGAACCCAACUUUGGACAUGAAGACACUUGAAGACAUGGCCGAAGCUGAAGCGGUCAACCGUGGCCCCAAAAGUAGGGCGUUUUACCGAAUCCAGGCCACUAGGAAACUAACUGGCAGUGGUAACAUUAUCAAAAAAGCAAAAGCUCAAGGUGGGGUCCCUCAGGGCUCUACAACUGACCAAAAACCUGAAGAUGAGACCACCAAGGUUUACUUCGACCCUGGACAUUAUACAGUCAUGGAAAAUGUUGGCACUUUUUAUGGUACUGUGACCAGAGAAGGUGGUGACUUAACAAAGACCCUUUAUGUUGACUACAAAACUGAAGAUGGUACCGCCAAUGCCGGUUCUGAUUAUGUCUAUGCUGAGGGUACCCUGGUGUUCUAUCCUAUGGAAACCCACAAACAAUUCCCUAUCUCUAUCAUUGACGACGACAUUUUUGAGGAAGAUGAACACUUUUAUAUUCGUCUAAGCAAUUUACGAGUUGGCGAUUCCCAGGGUCUGUUUGAAAGUGGCCAGGCUGAAGCCAAGGCGCAGUUGGCCAACCCAUUCCUGGCCACCGUUAUGAUUCUUGAUGAUGACCAUCCUGGUAUUUUCCAAAUUGACGAGAAGGAAAUGAGUGUUACUGAAUCCAGUGGUGAAGUGGAAGUGCGUAUAAUCAGAACAUCUGGAGCUCGUGGCUGUGUCAAGGUUCCUUUCCACUCUGUGGAUGGCACAGCAACUUACGGCAAAGAUUAUGAACUUUUGGAUAAGGAGGUUGUCUUCGAUAAUGAUGAAACUGAGUAA